AUGGCCAUGUCUCUGGAAAAUCUAGUCGCUUCUCCUGUUGCAGCUAAAGGUCCUAAAGAGUUUUCUUCUCUAGAGCUGAUGAAUGUGGUUUGGAUUCUGUUUUCCUCAGGCUCCAUCAGCAACAUCGACGAGGGCGAAUCUUCGUGCCGGAACACGUCGAACCACGAAAUAAUUUCCGGCGUCGUCGGGGCUCCUUCUUCCGUCACGUCGAUACAAGUGGCUCAUUUGCUGCGCCUUUUCAAAAUACCGCAGGUGAGCUUCUUCUCAACCAGUCCCGAGCUGAGUAACAAGCAGCGGUUCGAGUACUUCUCCCGCACGAUUCCGUCGGACCAAAAUCAAGUACGGGCGAUGGUAGAGAUUAUCAAGAUGCUGAACUGGACCUACAUAUCAAUUUUGUACGAGGAGUCCAACUACGGGAUCAAGGGCUUCGAAGAACUCGAAACGCUGUUAUCGGCCAACGAUAUUUGCAUAGCCGUGAAGGAGAAGCUGGCCAAGGAUUCCGGGACAGCAGACAAGGCCACCUACGAUCACAUUGUCGACAGCCUGCUCACCAAGCCGACGGCUCGAGGGGUGGUGAUUUUCGCGUCAGACCAGGAGGUGGCGAGUGUAAUGAGGGCUGUGCAACGAAGAAACGCUACGGAGAGAUUCACUUGGAUCGGAUCCGAUGGGUGGAGCGCACGUGCACUAGUGUCUACGGGAAACGAAAAGGCAGUGGAAGGAACACUUUCUGUACAACCGAGGGCCAACCAAGUUGCAGGUUUCAAGGAAUACUUCAAUAGCCUCACUAUUGAAAAUAACAAGAGGAAUCCUUGGUUCGUGGAGUUUUGGGAGCACGUGUUCGACUGCCGCUGGCCUGGAAGCCCAGCAACACCACACAACAUGCAUCACACGAAACGUUGCACUGGCACGGAAAAGAUGACAAAUACCGAGUUCGAAGGACAAUUGCAAUUCGUCAGCGAUGCGGUGUUUGCAUUUGCCUACGCUUUCAGGGAUCUUCACAGAGACCUCUGCGGGAAAACGCGCGGACUUUGCGCAAAAAUGAUGCCGGUUGAAGGACAAAUGCUGUUGCCCUACUUGCGCAACGUGUCGUUCACUGGGCUCAGCGGGGAUCAAUUUCAAUUCGACUCCAACGGUGACGGGCCAGCAAGGUAUGCCAUCCUGCACUACAAGCAAAUUGCCCCAGGCCACUGGGAGUGGAUUGAAGUCGGGAAAUACGAGAACCAGGUCCUUCAUCUUAAUAUGUCAGCUAUUCAGUACAAGUACCACAAGAGAGACAUACCGGAAUCCGUGUGCAGUCGGCCUUGCCAGAAGGGCGAGAAGAAAACCUACGUGGAAGGAGAGAUUUGCUGCUGGCAUUGCAUAAACUGCACUCAAUUCGAGAUACUAAAUCCGAAUGAUGACACCCAAUGCUACGAAUGCAAGCAAGGAGAACUCCCAAACUCGGACAAGACCAAGUGCGAACCCCUGCCCGAGGACUACCUCCAGCCCACCCAGGCCAUCGCGAUCGGGGCCAUGGCCUUCGCCACCGCCGGGAUUUGCAUAACCGGCUUCAUCAUCGCCAUGUACGUGAAGAACCACGACACGCCCGUGGUCCGGGCAUCGAGUCGGGAACUCAGCUACGUGCUCCUCAGCGGCAUCUUCAUGUGCUACGGCCUCACGUUCAUCCUGGUCCUCAGACCCACUCACAUCGUUUGCGGAGUGCAGCAAUUCAUGACGGGCUUCUGCUUCACGGUCGUCUACUCGGCACUCUUCACGAAAACGAAUCGAAUCGCGCGGAUUUUCGAGGCCGGGAAAAAGUCCGCCAAACGACCCUCGUUCAUAUCGCCCAAGUCCCAACUGCUCAUCUGCGCGGGGCUAGUGUUUGUGCAGGUCAUCGUGAACGUGAUCUGGAUGCUGGUGCAGCCGCCGGUGGCGAGGAACCACUACCCGACCCCGUACGACAACUUGUUCGUCUGCGAGGCCUUCAUCGAAUUCGACUACAUGAUCGCGUUCGCGUACCCCAUCCUGCUCAUUGUGAGUUGCACCGUGUACGCCGUGCUCACUCGGAAAAUCCCCGAAGAUUACAACGAGUCCAAGUACAUCGGAUUCGCCAUGUACACGACGUGCAUCAUUUGGCUCGCGUUCGUCACCAUUUACUUCGUCACUGCGGCGCACAUCCAGCUCCGGAUCGUGACGACGUGCAUCUCUGUGAGUCUCAGUGCCACUGUGGCCAUGGUCUGCCUCUUCACGCCCAAGAUGUACGUCAUCAUUCUUCACCCCGAGAAGAAUGUUAGACAGAGCAUGAUGAAGAACAACAAGCAAUACUCUGCCAUCAAUAAGGGCGGCCCGGGGGCUGCGAAAAUUGUCACCCGACCCCCCGUGCAAACUGUCAGCACUGCUACGCAGUAUGAAGAUAUGACAGCAACGGAGGUCGAGGAAACGACUCAAACGGUCGGGAAAUCGUCGCCGAACAGCCUGUGCAUUCCGGACGGGAACCCGCCUAUGCAGACAGCAGCAAGCACCAUAUCCGAGCAGUUCCACCAGCAGCUUGCAGCACCACCAGCGCCAGCACCACAACCACCACCACCACCAGCAGCAGCAUCAGCCGCAACAGCAGCUCUAGAACAACAACCGCCACCACCACCAGCGUCGGAAGCGGCAAUAUGA